AUGUUCUCAAAUACGCGCCUCUUCCUGUCGGCACUGGCAGCGACAACAACGCUUUUCGCAACAUCAUCCGCCCUCGCCAUCGAACAACGACAAGGCCCCGGCCCCGUCAACGACUGGAUCACCGUUGAUCAAAACGGCCACCCCGAAACCAUUACUCCAUCAAUCGUCACCAGCAAUGGCGCCCGCACAACAAUCAGCCCGCCGCCCUACGCGCUCACCGGCAGCGUCUUCACAGUUACCGCAACCAACGGCGCCUUGACGACCAGCACAGGCGUGCCCCCGCCGCCGCAAGCCAGCAACACGUUAGGAUACGGCGGUGUUUUCUCAGUAUGCAAUAAUAACCCGGGUCCCGAUGGUCCUUUCUGCCAGCCCCGACGGGGUAGCACUCUGCACGUGGAGACGACGUACUACAUCACUUGGGACACGACCUUCUUCGAGGAUCCGUCCACACCAAUUGGAAUCGUAGGCUACGAUGUCAGCAACACGGGCAGCAUGGACGCGGCGCCCGCAUUCUCCGUAACCAACAUCCGCGGCGGCGUCGGAUGGGCGCCCUGGACCCCCCGCGUCGGCGACCUCGAGGAGAAGAACUCGAACAACAUGACCCUCAUCCUCAUGUACAACGACCCCAUCACCGACGAGCAGAAGAACGUCACCGGCCCCGUCUUCACCAUCCGCCCCGCCAUCGACCUCGACGGCAGCUCCAGCUCGAGCCCGAACCUCGUCGCCAUCCUCCUCCCCGUCAUCCUCAUCAGCAUGGCCAUCGUCGCCGUCAUGCUCUGGCUCUGCUACCGCCGCCGUCGCCGCCACGCAGCAGCGGCGGCCGCCGCCGCCGCGAAAUACCACGAGACCGUCUCCGGUCCCCCCAAGCACCGCAACCCCAAGGGCAACGCCAACAUCUUGCUCGAACCGACGAGUCCGCCGCCCCAAUCACCGGGGCGGAACGUUUUUCAGGAGGAGGUGCGUAGGCAGGAAAGGGAAAGAGCUUGA